CGCCGUUUUUCUCAAUCCUCUCUGUAAUCCACACUCACUUCUUCUUACUCUCUCGAAACUCUUCCAAAUUCAUCAAUCGCGUCCCAAUUUCGUCUUCCCAAACCUAAUUCCCAAAUUUUCCCCCCAAAAAACCCUAAUUCUCAAUCAUCAAUGGAGCAUCAAUCCCUCACUUCUCAUCCCAAUUCCCCUGAUUCAUCCCCUAACUCUCGCGAAUUGCUCGAAAACAACGAUCACCGUUCACCAUUCGAUGAACAUCCACCACAACCACCACCUUCCAAUUCCAACAGAGUCAAGCUAAUGUGUAGCUACGGUGGAAAAAUUCAACCUAGGCUACACGAUCAUCACUUUACGUACAUCGGCGGCGACACCAAAAUCCUCACCGUUGAUCGUUCCGUCAAAUUAACCACACUCGUCGGUAAGCUCUCAACAAUGGCGAAUUGUGAUGUUUGUUUCAAGUAUCAACUCCCUGGUGAAGAUCUCGAUGCUCUGAUCUCCGUUUGCAACGAGGAAGAUCUCGAUCACAUGAUGAUCGAGUACGAUCGGUUGGGUCGCGUUUCUCCUAAACCUGCUAGGUUGAGACUCUUCCUCUUCCCUGCACCUGUCAUCAACAACAAGGACGACGAAGAUGCGUCUGCUGAUUCUUCUGUUUCCGCUGUUAUUCUCGCUGCGGUGGAAGAUUCCAAAUCGGAAGGACAAUGGUUCAUCGACGCGCUCAAUUCCGCUAAUGUUCCGCCGUUGGAAGAAUCUCCUCCGCCGCCUCCGACGUUGAAUCCAGAUUAUCUCUUUGGUUUAGAUAAACCGUAUUCUGAUACUCCGUCGGCGAAGCAAGCGGAAUUUCCGGUAACUGUUCCGGAUUUUCCGGCUAUGGAAACUGAAUGUGGGCCCGAAACGGUUAAAGAAACUGAGAUUCAGGAACUUGAGAGAAUGGAGUUUGUGAAUAUUGAACAAGAAGUGAAAGUUGACGGAGAAAACGGCGGAAUUAACGGUGUUUUUGACUGUCACACUGAAGAAAACGCGGAAAAAGUGAUUCCGUUAGUUGCGAAUGAACCUGAACCUGUUCAGAGUCCGACUCAGACUCUGGAUCAAAUUCAAAUCCAACCCGGUUCGUUUCAGGUUCAGAUUCCUGAACCGGUACCGGUUCAGUCAAUGUUUUCUCCUGUAAGGCAUCAUAACGUGUCUCUGUCUCCUGGUGGUUACUCAAUGGGGUAUACAAAUGAACCGGCUCCGGUUUAUCUGAUUCAAACAUCUUCAGGAUUGUAUCAAGCACUGAGGCCGGUAACUGGACCACACGGUCAACCGGUUUAUUUUGCCUAUACGCAAAUUGUGAACCAGAACCAGUUUGGUUACAAUGGUUCAGGGGUACCUGGUGUGGUUUCUGAGCAUGGCUAUUCCAAUGGUGGUUCUUAUGUGUCUGACAGAUCAGCUUUGCCAUUGUAGGUGACGGGAGCGGUUGGUGACGGCCGGAAUUGACGGACGGCGAGGGCGGGUGAAAUAUAUUGCAUGUAAAGUCAUUCGUUCAUAUUAGUCUUAAAAAAGAAAAAGUCAUUCAUUCAUUUUAUUUCUUUGUUUUGAAACAUAGUGGUGGCCUGCUAAGGGUGGGAUUUUUGGUUUUACAGUAAUUUUUUUCAUUAGUUGGAAUAUUGGUGUUAAAGAACAUUGAUUCUUGUUCAUAGGUGCAUAUUCGAAAGGAUUUUAAAAUUGCUUUA